UGAAAAAAUGAAAUCCUUACUGCUCUGCUCUGUGGUGAUUUUAUGGCUGGCUCUCUGUUUGGCUCCUCUCUCAGCACAGUCUCAAGUCUUCAUGACGGCUAGAGUGGGUUCCUCGGUUGUUCUGCCGUGUGAUUGCACAGCAGUAUGCAGCAAUCAGUCGUCCAAUGAGGGACUCCACAUCGAGUGGAGAACGUUUUCUGAGACGGUGUUUGAGAGUCUGGGGGAGGAGCAUUAUGAGGGUGAGGGGUAUGAAGGUCGGGUUGAUGUUCCUGAAGAUGAACUGAAGAAAGGAAACUGUUCUCUGGUUCUGAAGGAGGUUAAAGCUGAAGAUGCUGGAGUUUAUCAGAGUUACCUGAUGGUGAAACAACAGAAAAGAUUCCUACAGCCCAAACGAGUCUUCAUCCAGAGCGUGGAGCUCUCAGUAGAUGAUCCUGUUCCAACCAAAUCUACAGACGUGCAGGAAAAGCAGCUCUCUGUGGGAAGUGGGGGUGUGGUCAGUCCUGUCCUGGACGUGACGCUCUCCGCGAUGCUGUGGACGCUGGUGAUGUUUGUCCUGUGAGGUGAUGCUGAAGGUGCUGCUGCUCCGGUCGGGGAUGUUCUGGAUGGGCGGAGCAGAUCAGCACCUGUACUGAUUUCUCUCAGGGUGGGCGUGGCCCUGUCUCUCACUUCCUGUAAGGCAGUGUGGGCGGGGCCAGGCCUUCCCCAGGUAACCCACUCUGAUACAGGGAUGAUCCUGAAGAUGCUCCCAGUGUCUUCAGACGAGUAGUAAAGGAUGAGUAGUAGAACGAAGGUCUGUCACCAUUACUGUUACUGUUUAUACCAUACAGUAUACUGUCCAAGAAAGAAUAGCGAAAUAAAACAAUAAUAUUGCAUUUUAUGACCAAAUUAUGCCAAAAAUGCAAUUAAUAAAUACAGUAAAUAAUAAUUGGAGACAUUGGAAUAUUCAGGAAUUUAAAUAUAUUAAUAUUUUAAUCACCCUAAUUAAAUAAAAGCUAAAUAAAUUUAGAAAAGACAAAAAAUUGGCUCAUUCACAUUAAAAGCUAUUGAGUUUAUGUCCAUAUAUUGUACGAUUAUUCAGUAAAUUCAGUAAUUUAAGUUAAUAACAUAAUUAUGGUGACAGGCCGAGUAUCCUGCUACUGUUUCUAUGGGUUUUGCUGUUUUUUCUCACUUCUAAAAAACACGUUUCUGUAUGUUUGAAUCUGUUUGAAGGGCUUUUUUAUUUAGCACUCUGAUUCUAAAAACCAUCACUACUGCUAAAUUCAGGAGGUAAAAAAACUCUGUCUUUAUACUAAAUUACUGAUAGCAUGUUUUCUCUUUUCAUGCUCUUAAAGGUGUGGAAUAUGGAGCUAGACUACUGUUCAUUUCCUCUAUUAAAUAUUCCUCUCUGUAACUUUUAGGAAUGGUUUUAGGAAAUAAGCCUAGUCCUAAAGGACACAGCAUUUACGAAUAGAAAAUCUCUAUUAAAAUAUAAUAUACCAUAUUUUUCGGACUAUAAGGCUUUAUAGCUUACCGUGCUAAAAGUCGUAUUAAAACAUUUUUUGCUAGAUUUUUUAAAAUUAGCACUGUCGAUUUUUAAAAUUAAAGAGU